AAGGAAUUAGAGAAUUCACCCUUUCUCAAUGUAGUAUUGUUUUUAAUAAUCAAACACAUAAAAAUCCAUUUCAUUUCAAGGAUAUUUCAGAUCUUAUUUCAGUCAGUGCAUGUCAAGUGUCCAGAUCAAGACUCUCAAAUGUUUAGGCUUUAUCACAUAGUUCAGCAGAAGGAAUUUUAGUGGGUGCUAAUAAUAUUUUACAAAUACUCUUUGUUAAUAACAUUUUUUUUUCUUUAAAGCAAUCAGGAACAUGUUCCUUUGGAUAUAGAAAAGUAGUAUUUUGUUUUGUUUUGUUUUGUUUUUAAAGGGAAAAGGUUAUAUCAUUUCAGAGUGGAAAACCUGUAAAAGAAUGAUAAAGCGAUAUCUAAUGGAAUUAUGUCCUUAACAGCUGAAUAAGAAACGGAAAUAGUAUCAAGCUGAGACUUAACAAGAAACUGAAUGUUAGAGCCAAUACAAAGUCUGUGUUUAUCUGAUAAAUGAUCAGAAAAAGCAGUCAUUCGCAAAAGUGCAUAAAACAGAUUUUUAUUACUUAUGUGUCCUAUUUUUAUGCUACUUUGUCCGUACAUUUUGCCAUAAAAAGACAAUGCAGACUGAACAUUUACUUUUGCUUGUACUGUGCUGGAAUUGAAGUCGUUGCUAGCUCUGUGAUUAAGAAUAAUCUUAAAGCUUUUUUGGCAAGGAAAUGCAUAUUCUAGAGAAAGAAUUGCUUGUUCUUUCCAAAAAUUAUUCAUGUUUUGUUUCUAAAGUAUUAAAUGAACAAAUGUACUUUGCAUAGAUAGGUUUUGUGGUAAGUACAUUUUUUACUUGUUAAUUUAGGCUCCUAUCAGCAAGCCAGUGUGUCUUGUUGGACACCUCUGCCAGUGCAGAAGCUUACCUAAAGGUGGGGAAGCUUUGCUUAGACUGAGACUGUCCAGGUCUAAAAUCUGUGGGUCUGUAAGUGAUAAUAACAGUAUUUGUGGAAACUGAAAAAGAAGUAGAUGAACAAGAAUGUCAGAUGAGGUGUGCCAGUUCUAAAUCUGCAGCUUACAACCAAUUUUUCACUUCACUGGAAGGUUUUAAAAAAUCACAACUGAUUCUACCAAAGCAAGAGGACAAGAAAUUCAAAAGGAAGUUAGAAAAUGGUGAAGCAAAACUCUGCUACUGGGCAGGAUCGUGAGAGUUAAUGUUACUGUCAUCAUUAGAGGUGAACAGGGAAAGCACAGUCAGUCUUUAGGAGUUCUACAGAAUGCUCAAAACUUUAAUUUUGUCAAGUAGUGAUUUGUGGAGCCAUGUUGUACGUGGUAGUGUUGUCUUUCUGUAAAAAACAAACACAUAAACUAGCCAUCCUUGCUAUGAAGGAAAGAUGUGACCACUAGAGACUUACAGACUCAAAAUGAACAAAUAAAUAAAUGUGGGAUAGGCCCACCUCAGUGUGUUAGAGAUUUUGAAUUAUGAUUUCCUAAUGUUUGGAGGACAGCAUUAUGAAUGUGUCUUCAGCACAGGCAUGAAAUGGAGGGAGUAGUCCAGAUGUCUGAUACAAUCACGAAGGUGGCAAGAGGGAGAGAGCUUCAUGACCUGGAACUACUGACUUCUGAGCUGCUGGAAGCGCCAGUAGGGGAGAGAAUCAGCGCUCCCGUCCAGUGAACGCAGCAAGGACCUCGUACAGGCAAGAGGUGGAAAAGGGCCGAGAAAAAGGUUUAAAAAUGUCUGACCAGAAAAUUAUUGUACACAGAUCCCAUUGUAUCGAGAAGCUACUCUCUGGGAACAAUUUCCAAGAUAUUGAGGAUCAUCUUAAAGAGCUUGAAGAUGUUGAUAUGACUAUCGAAUAUCUUCAGGGGACAGAAGUUACCAAGGCUGUAUACAGAGUACUCAAGAGUUGCCCUUCAGUAGAGUUGAAGAAGAAAGCAAAGCAGCUAUUGUCAAAGUGGAAAGCACUUUACAAGAAUAGCUGUGUUCAGUCAGUGCAAGUUAAGAAGCCAGUUUCUGGGAAUGUAAAAGAGGAAACUGAACAUCUCGGUGUGACUCCCAGAGAACAGUUGCUGUCUGAAGGGCCAAGUCAGCAGGAAAUAUUAGAUGCUGCCCCUUCUCAAGUUUUGGUCCCAUCACAAACUGUUAAAAAUGUGGUAUUCAAUGACUCAGAAGGCAGCUUGGAACAGCUCCCCCCUUUUGAGGAACAAUGUAUUGAUAGCAAAGAUUCUAAACCUGCUGUUAAUGAAGCAAGCUUGCAGCAGGAUCACGUGAGAGCUCUGAGGUAUAAAUGUGCAGAUCUUCUUUACAAAGCCAUGAGUGAUUCUGCCAAAGACAAAGAAGAAACUGAUAAAUGGCUAGAGCUAUCUAAAGAAGUCGAAGAACAUAUUUUUGCUCUUCAUUCUAAGAAUGACAAGAAGUAUAAAAAUUGCAUCAGAAGUAAAGUCUCUAACCUGAAGAACCCUAAAAAUAGCCACUUAAAAUGUAACCUUUUUUCAGGGAGUUUGAGUCCAAAGGCUUUUGCUGAGAUGACAGUGAUGGAAAUGGCCAGCGAUGAACUGAAACAGCUCAGGGCCCUGUACACAGAGUCAUCUGUGCAGGAACAUCAGCUUCCACAAGUUAUUAAUGGCACUCAGACAAACAAAAUAAAGUGUAGGCGCUGUGAGAAAUUUGACUGUACUGUCACUAUGAUUGCCAGAGGAACUCUGUUUCUUCCAGGUUGGGUGCGAAACACAAAUCCUGAUGAACAAAUGUUGACUUACGUUAUUUGUAACGAAUGUGGAGAACAGUGGUAUCACAGCAGAUGGGUUUGUUUGUAAGGCUGUCCUGUCCUGUGGUGGUUUUACUCAGGUGGGCAGUCGAGUUUGUGGAGCAGGCCCUGGGCCGGAGCUGCAGCCCGUGGAGAGGAGCCCACGCAGGAGCAUGGGGUGUGGGGGGAGCUGCUGCCCACUUGUGAGG